UAGAAGUGCUGCCGUGCCGCCUAUAAAUAAAUCUGUUAGCUACACCCUACGCCGGUUCAUGAGAAAGAGAGUCUGUAUUUCCAAAUUCCAAGAGAAGAGAGACUAGUGUCCAAAUUUUCCAUCAAAACACAAAGAGGAAGAUGGAGCAUGAGAGGCUUCUUGCAACGUCGUCAGCUGUUGUGGUGUGCAUGAACGGCAGCCAACAGGGAAACAUGAGCUACGCUAAUAACUCAGGUAUCCAGAGGGCAAUCGCAUCGCUGACGAAGAAGGCGAGGCAGGACAUGGCGGCGGCGCUGUACCGCGCCCGCGGCUUCCCGGCCUCCAUGUCCAUCGCGGACCUGGGCUGCGGCACCGGGCCCAACGCGCUGCUCUUGGUUUCCGACGCCGUUGAGGCCGUGCUGGCGGCGGCGAAGGCCACGGGCGACGACGGGGAGGUGCUGGCGCCGCCUGAGCUGCACGUCUUCCUGAACGACCUCCCGAACAACGACUUCAACGCCGUCUUCCGGCUGCUGCCGUCGUCACCUCUCUCAGGAAGCGGCUGCCUCGUGUCAGCCUGGCCGGGGUCCUUCUACGGCCGCAUCUUGCCGGAGGCAAGCCUGGACUACGUCGUCUCCUCCAGCAGCCUACACUACCUCUCGCAGACACCCACGAUGAAGAAGACGGUGAGCAGGGGACGUGUGUACAUGUCGGCGGGCUGCCCUGCGGCGGUGCUGGACGCGUACCGAGCGCAGUUGGAGACUGACUUCUCCGCCUUCCUUCGUUGCCGCGCAGCGGAGAUGAGGCCCCGCGGCCUCCUCCUCCUCACCUUCGUCGCCAGGAGGACCACCUCCCCCACCGAGCACGACUGCUACCUCUGGGACGUUCUCGCCGCUGCCCUCAUGGACCUGGCCGCCGCCGGACUCAUCGACGAGGAACAAGUCCACGCUUUCAACUUGCCUAUCUACACACCCUGUCCCGACGAUCUCCUUGACGUCGUCUCCAAAGAAGGCUCCUUUACCAUCACUACAAUGCACUUCUUCCGGUUCUUAGCUCUCAAGAUUCCUCACUUUACUAAAGACAAAGACGAGGACGAGUUACCGCGGUGGCUAGCGAUGGAGGCCGCAAACUGUUUGAGGGCGUUCCUAGAACCCACGCUACAGGUGCACUUCGGUCGUGCCGCCAUGGACGAACUCUUCUGCAGGUACUGCCUCCUACUCGAGGUCUACUAUCGCAAUAAAGCCACCAAAAACGAGGAGGACGUCACCAAUGUCUUCCUCGUCUUGGAGAAGAAACAACACUAGUAGCUUCAUUCCGGUCUCCACGUAUCUCCAUCUUGGAUCUUUAAUAGUAAUUUCCAUAAAGUAGUGGCAAGAUCAAUAACUUGUGCCUAAUUAUUGAUAUUGAAGUUUUAUAUACACGUACGCACAAGAUGUAUAAUUUCUAUUGUGGUUAUUUGGAUUGGUGCCGUUACAAUUUCUUCAAAUUAGAAAAAUAUCAUUACAAUCCAUCUAUUCUGAAUCGUGGCUCCGCCUAGCCGCAUAUAUAGGCUGCCGUUGUCGCAAGCAGCCAUCUGUCGUCGCUAUCAUGUCCAUGCUCUGUGUUGCUGCUGCCAGCGCCUGUCCCAUUGACGCCAUGGCCGGCCCGGUGUUGAGAGGAAGCCCGAUGGAGGGAGAUGCGAUCGGAUCGAGCUUAACAGCGAGCGACAGCAGAAGGAAAAGGGAGUGGCCCUAUUGCUUGGUCGUCCCUUUUGUUCGGAUCAAGAGUAAGCAGCCGGGGCAUCAAUUUUUAUGUUGAAGGCACUCACAGACUCUAUCAUAAAGUCUAAAGUUAUUUAUUACCUCGAACAAUAUAGACUUAGAGUCUAAAUAAGACUUGAAGUCUU